AUGGAUGAUGACGGAGAGCAGCUGUACGAUGCGUGUUGGUCAUCAGAACAACAAACGCAAGCGGUGCAGCUGUUGACCAGUUGGGACCAACAACGUAUUCGAGAUGCUGCCCAAUACAAGGAUGAGAACGGCAAUACACCACUGCUCAUGGCCUGCUAUCGGGGUCAUGUCAAGGUGGUGGAGAUGCUGUUGAAGCACGGUGCUGAUGCUAAAGCCAAGGACGGGAAUGGCUGGACACCACUGCACUGUGCCUGCCAAAACGGUCAUGUCAAGGUGGUGGAGAUGCUGUUGACGCACGGUGCUGAUGCUAAAGCCAAGACCAAAGCUGGAGUCGACGUCGAUAUCCGAGCCGAUGGCGACGUGACGGACGAGACGCUGCGCACCAUUGUCUGUCGAGGCAUUGAGCUCAAUGUGGAGGAGCUUGGGGCUGCGCUGGAGCAGAUGCGCAAAGACAUGACGGAAAUAUUGGACAAGCACCUCUUGCUCGACUCACGCCUGCGGAAAGAUUACGAGAAAGAAUAUGAGCGGCUACGAUUGAAGGAGGAUCGGACCAACAGGGUCAAGAACUGGUGGGUGGGCCAUGGCAGUCCAGCCGAGAACGCGCUGUUUGAUCACAUUGGCCAGACCCCGAGUCUGCGGCAAGAGUUUAUCCAAACCGAGCAUGGGUCCAAUGGCGAGCUGACCUUUCGAGAGGACAGGGUGCGGGUAUGGCUCCUAUAUGUGCGCAGGUUCAACGAGCUAGCACUCACCUACACGCACAUUGCCGGAGGUCUGCCGCCACGAGCUUCUGUGUAUCAAGGGCUGUCCUACAAAAACGGCGUGGGCCGGCAACGAGCCGCGUUUUUUGCCGAGAAGCAGCUCUCCAUAUUGACCCGCCAAGAGGCGCGAGGCUCGGUGCAAACAACGUUGGCAGAGGGCGAGAGCACGUCACAGCCAGUCGUGCAGUCAGCAGCACAGCCAACCCCCACGAAACACGCGCCAACCCCGUCGGCCUCGAUCAUUUGCGUGCCAGUACCAUCGGCCUCGGGUUCAACCUCCUCUCCGGCGCGAUCGGCUGCAAGCUCAGCCUCGGGUACACUGCGGCGUAAGCGAGUGCCGCUGGCUGCUGAAAGUACAUGUGCCCCUGGGUCUGACGAUCAUGACGAUGGCAACGGCGUCGCUACAAGCCCUGCUCCCUCAACAUCCAAGCGAACGGCAUCGGACGUCACGUGCACAGCUGCUGCUUCUUCAACAGCGGUUCAAGCAGCAGAGUCGCCUCUUCCCGCAGCAAAACGAGCAGCAUCAAGUGAUACGCGCACCGCUACCGUUGUCGCUACUGCUACCACUCGCUCUGAAGCCCCGGUAUCUGCUGCGGCUACGCCACCGAAUCGGCACAACGUCGCCCCAAUAUUUCGGCCGAAAUCGGGGACAAAAAAAAAAUAUCUGAUGAACUACGCGGCGGCUGACAAGUUUAUUGGCGUUCUGAAGUUGAUGGAUGAUUACUGCAUGCGAUGUACCAUUCGACAGGCGAAACCCGUCCUGAAGGCCGGGCAUCAAUGCGUAUCUAAUCGUGGUUGCAAGCGGUGUCACUUCGAAGGACACGAGACAAGACUUAAAAAAUGUUCAGUGCACCUCGCAUACCCCGACAGAGCCUGUUGCUACGCUUGUGGAAUGCCAAGGAAGAUUCGUGGAUGGGAUACAUGGGAUCACCGUUGCAGGCAGUCUCAAGGACUGGAUUCGGGCCUGAGCUGUCUCCUCCUUUAUUCGGACUGUCAUUCGGGGCUGCGCGACCUGUCCCAGCGGAUGGGCUACAACUUGAAGGAAAUGACAUUGAAGGAUUUCGAUACGCGCGACUUGUUUGUCAAGUGGCUGUACUCGUCCGGUCCUUGUCCAUUUCCAGGGCGUGGGCAUUGGCGUCUUGUGGAAUUUGUGUUUGAAAGUGCGAGGAUCCUGCUCCCCAAUGAGGCGAAAGCCCAAGUCGGCCCCGACAGUUUUCGCUAA